GUCAACAGUCAACUUUUUCAAAAACCGUGAUUAUAGUGAAAAAUACAAAUUUCUGACUUUACAGCUAAAUUCACUAAAUAGAUAUCUUAAGCAUGUUUCCAGCAAAGCACCUUUUCAACUGUGAUGAUGCUUUAUGCGGAUUCAGUACGCUGGAGAGAACACAGCGACUUGGGCAGCAAACUUAUCAGCGAGCUCUGAAAAAUCAUGCAGUGUGGACAGCGCAGAGAGAACAGGGGCCAACAGUGUGUCCGAUGUCAAAGGAGAAGGGAGCAUGCCAAAUAUGUGGGAAGUUUGUGGAACCCAAUUUAGAGCUGGAAUCAGCUUUUUCUGACGUAAUGACAAUGAUGAGUCACAUGUCUCAAAUCUGUCAGAGAUAUUACUGUGGAACCGAUGGAGAACCUCAGACAAAACAUGAUAAAAAACACUGCCAGAGAUACCACAGUACACAACUUAUAAACAAGACAAACAGUCAGAGGGUGAAUUCAUUAAGUAAAGAGGUGUACCUGUCAGAAAGUGAGCAGCCCUCAUCUUGUGAUAAUUAUAGAGGAAGAACAAUAUCCAGUCGACAUCCUAUGUUUGAUAUUUCUGCUUCUUUAUCACAAUCCAGAAAAGCCAAGCAUGUCCGAUUCUCUCCAGGGGACUCAGUUGAAGUCCAAUUUUAUACUUGAUACUUGUUAUAUUUUUAAAUAGCCUGUU